GGAGGUGAAGUGGGCGGGCCGGGAGUGCCGGGCGGCGGGUCUACAGUGGAGCCGAGGUGCAGCGAGCCGGUGGGGGACCGCGAGGCUAGCGCGGGAGCCUGGGCGGUGAGCGGGCUGUGAGCUGCCCGAAAAUGCACUCGGAUGCUGCCGCUGUCAAUUUUCAGCUGAACUCUCACCUCUCAACACUGGCAAAUAUUCAUAAAAUCUACCACACUCUUAAUAAGCUGAAUCUAACAGAAGACGUUGGCCAAGACGAUCACCAAACAGGUAGUCUACGGUCUUGCAGUUCCUCGGACUGCUUUAGUAAAGUGAUGCCGCCAAGGAAAAAGAGAAGACCUGCUUCUGGAGAUGAUUUAUCUGCUAAGAAAAGCAGACAUGAUAGCAUGUAUAGAAAAUAUGAUUCCACUAGAAUAAAGACUGAAGAAGAGGCCUUUUCAAGUAAAAGGUGCUUAGAGUGGUUCUAUGAAUAUGCAGGUACUGAUGAUAUUGUAGGUCCUGAAGGCAUGGAGAAAUUUUGUGAAGACAUUGGUGUUGAACCAGAAAAUGUAGUUAUGCUUGUCCUUGCUUGGAAAUUGGAUGCACAAAACAUGGGUUAUUUUACUCUUCAAGAAUGGUUAAAAGGAAUGACUUCUCUACAAUGUGACACAACAGAAAGACUCAGAAACACUUUGGAUUACUUAAGAUCAUUACUAAAUGAUCCUACAAACUUUAAACUGAUUUACAGAUACGCAUUUGACUUUGCACGGGAAAAGGAGCAGCGCAGCCUAGACAUAAGCACUGCCAAGUGCAUGUUGGGACUGUUAUUAGGAAAAAUCUGGCCCCUUUUUCCAGUUUUUCACCAAUUCUUAGAGCAAUCAAAAUAUAGAGUUAUUAACAAAGACCAAUGGUGCAAUGUGCUAGAAUUUAGCAGAACAAUUAAUCUUGACCUCAGCAACUACGAUGAAGAUGGAGCAUGGCCAGUUUUGUUGGAUGAGUUUGUGGAGUGGUAUAAAGACAAACAGAUGUCCUAGGACUUUAUGCAUAGCAGCGAGAGAGUCACUGUUACCACAGUUAUGUCAACCAUUAGCCAUAAAUUGCUGUUUGUAUCAAAGCGCAUGCUGCUUCUCUUGCACUGUCUCCCUUUUGCAGUGACGUUUUGGUGUUUGCUGUUGAAUGGGCCAGCUCUGCUUGCUGUGUAGCACGGUUCUCUUGGAAGGCUGCUUUGCAGUUGUAUUUACACUACAGAUUGGAGAAUUUGCCAACGUCCUCACUGUGAUUAUGUGUAUAUUGCUGUUUAAAUUUUGUAUAUGUGUAUAAAAGAAAAAGCUUCACCUAGAGAUUAUUUCUGCAACAAUGUAUUGUACAAAUAAUUUUGUGGCAUAUUUCUAGUCCCUUUUUUCAAAUGAACUAGUUAUACUUUAUUUGGUCUCCAAUGUAGCAUUUCAGAGAAGAAGACAGAACUACUACUAAAAGCAAAUGUUGCCAGAAUAAUUAACCUUAAUGCUCAAGAGGCCAACUUUUGGAAGGAGAUGGAAGUCAUCCCUUCUCAGAGGCAUAUGCCAAGUAUAAUUUAGUUUUUAAAUAUUAGCAUUUUAAAUUGAUGACAGUUAUAAUUAUUUGAACUUAGAGAUGUGUACCAUGCCUCAAAUUCACCAUGCGAAGUAUAGGUCUUUACUUUCUAAUGUUAAAGCUGUAGUAAUUUGAAUAUAGGUACAAAUGAGCAAAUUAAAAUAGCACCUUUUUAAAAGAAAUGUGUUUUAAACUUGUAAACUAUUUUGUGCCCCCACCCCUUUUUUGUUUUGUUUUGUUUUGUUUUAUUUUAAUCUUGCAUUCUUCUAGUCAAGUGUUUGGGCUGCUGAUGCUUUCUGUGCCAUUCUAAGUAAAAUUUAUUUUGCUUCCUCAAAAAGCAGCUGAUUUCCUGGCAAUUUAUAAUUGCAGAGCACUUUUAGUUGUGGCUUGAAUUUUCAGUUAAGUUUUUUUGCUGUUUAAUCUUAAAGAUUUUUUGUUCUGUUUUUUAAAGAAUUAUACUCUGAAGUUUGAGAUGAGUUUUGUUUCCCUAUUUUGGUUCUUUCAUGCUAGGCUUUUCCUGGCAGAAUGUCCAUUGCAGGCAGUGGACAUGAAACCACCAGCAUUGAGCUAACUCUAUUAUUACACAGUCGGACCUUCCCUAGAGGGGCCACUCGUUAUUAUUUGAGGAAUUUGUACAGAAAGGUGAUAGCCAUUAUUUAUGUGGAUGAGGAAACAAGAAUAAAUAGGAUGGUAUUUCUAGGUUCGUUAUUUUGUCUUGUUUCCCCCCUUUCCCCCACCUUGCCUUAUCCUUCUUGAGGGAAUAGAUAGAUAUUUUGUUUCCCCUUCAACUAUUUGGUGCUAUUGAAUGACUAAUUUUGUCCCUGAUGUUCCGUGAAUGCACAAAAGUCUAAUAUUUUAAACUGAGUGAAAAUCUAAUGGUGCAUUUGAGCAAGUGAACGCUAUAGUUAUAUGAACACUACCCAGAAUUGAACAUGCACUGGUUGGAAGAGGUUUGGAUUAUUUUGAAAUCUGACCCCAAACAAAACAAAGUCUCUUGGAUUUAAUAUGAACCUUUAGCUGGCAUAAUUUGUGUGAAGCACACAGACAGUGCUACUCUUGACCACUUUUUCUCAGUUCCUUUGCAAACAGUGUUUGGAUUUUCAGAUUCUCCCCCCCCCCCCCCAACUAAUCCACCAAAGACAGACAUUUUGUAUGUAUAUACAGUGUGUGUGCAUAUACAAAAUCAUGAUGUGGUAGAAUGAAAUUUAUUUCCUUUUUCUACCAAAUAGAAGGGUUUGGUUUGCUGUGAAAUAAACCAGAUGUUUCAAAAAAAUCAUAGUAAUUAAGUAUACUUAAAUCAUUCUGCACUUAGGAAUUGUAGACUCAUUUUUACCUUCCAAAUUGAGACCAGUUUGUACAUAUGAAUAUCUGAAAAGAAUAGAAUAUGUUGAUGGCAAGCAUGGCUCUUGAGACCAGUGUGUUAAAAGGGUGCCAUUCCCACACGCGUGUGUAUAUUCCAUGACAACUGGCCAUAGCUUUGAUCUGUGGAGAACAUAAACUAAUUCAGUUUCAAGAGUAUCACAUAAAGUUAAGUCACACUUUAAAGGCAAUAGCACUUAAGUUUGAUCAACUGUAUUUCUACUUAAAGCGAACUUUAGUCUUAGAUGAAAUUAUUUUAAGACUUAGUGAUGCAAAGUGGAGAACUUUCUUAAACAUUAAGCACAGUUCAUCUUAAGAGGAUUGUUAGUGGUGAGCUGUUACAUUUCAUCCACAACAAAUACUGUGAUAAAAGAGGGAAAAGCCCCAAGUUAAAAUGUGGGCUUCGUGGCAUAGAAUGUGAAAGUAAGUCUUACAAAGGGUAAUUUUCAUAUUUAGAAAACUCCCAAGUACUUUAAACUUCUUGAAAAUAAACUUCUGUGCUUGCCUAGUGCUUGCCUUUGUUUUCUUGAUUUUUUUUUUUUUUGCCUUUAUACACAAACGGAGAAGCAGAUAAUAAUAAGAUACUUUUUCUUUAAACUGGCCCUUAAUUGUAAAUUAUAUAAAAUUGAUCUGUCAUCAAGCACUUCCUGGCUACUGCUAAAUAAACUAGGGUGCCUUCUUCUGAUUGUCCUUUAUUACUGAAGUCUAUACCCUUUCAUUUUUUCCAUUGUGUUUUGAGUUCCACAAUGUAGCACUCCAUUGCAAUGGAACAUUUAUGUAUCAUUUACUGCUGGAGUAGGUCAGAAAUUUCAUUAUUUGGUUUGCCAUAAACACCCACUAUAAUGUUACAUGCAGCUUAUUCGAAGCAUGAGCCCAACUAAGUUUUCAUAAAUCGAACUAGACAAACCUCUAGAUUCUGGUAUAACAACAAAUACCUGUUACCCCUCAGUCUUGAUUUUAACAGUGCUUUUGAAGUUUAGACAGAAAGCUUUAAAAAUUAGUCUGUGCCCUUGGUUUUUAUUUUCACAACUGCUAAAAUACCUCUGUAAGCCUUAUCUUUUAUUCUUUCAUAUGUUGUAUAAUAAAUGUAUAGAAUUCAUUGACCAACUGAAACGUUGGGUGUCUAUAAAUGAGACCAAAAUGUGGGUUGCUUUUUUUUUUUUCCAUAAAUAAUUUCUCUUGGGGGUUACUGUUUCAUGAAGAGCAGCUAACCUGUAACUGUGAAUGCUUCGUGUCGUCAGUAUUUGCAUUACAUUCAUACACGUGUGCAAGUCCUGUGACUCCCAGCUUAAUUAAAAUACUGUUAUGCCACCUAACUUGAGUACAGCAAACUGGUUUUAGGUUUUAAUGGAAUUGAUGUAAAAUGAUGUCCCAUAAAUAAAAAGUAUUUGUGUUUGGUUUCAA